CGCCGAAGGUAGAUCCACAUAACGUUAGAACAUCUUCCAUGCGAGCUGUGCAACGAGAGCAGACACCUUCGUUGCGCAUGACCCAGCAGCCCGUGGCAGUGACAGAUGACUUGGAGCAUCUCUUUGGCAGCGCGCAGAUUGCCGCGCCGUCCAAAAUGGAUACGAUGAACCCCACUGACGUCAACGUCAUUCGAGCACUCGUCAGCAACACGGACCUCGUGGAUCGCUUUUCCCACCAGAUUGCGCUGUACGGGAAGCAACGGGACCAUCUCAAGCCUGAAGAUACGCUGCGUCGGUUCAGCCUCAAUGGCGACAAUAAACUCGACUUUAGGGAAUUCCACCCGGCGCUCAAGCGGUUAUUUGGUCAUGGCAUCUCCCACACCCAGUCCAAGGAACUCUUUGGCGUGUUUUGCCCCACGUCUGGCAAGAAACUAGACAUCGACCAGUUCUGUCAGAUCAUGGGUCACUGGUGUCAAGUGGCCGAGCGCAUAAAGGACCAGCAGUACCUUUCACGUCCAUCUUCUGCAGAGCCGGUAGCCCAAAGCGGGGAUGGAUUGUCGUCGACACUCGACAACAAUGCCAACAUUCGUCGGGGCCUCGAGCUAGCCACGAAACACUACGACAAACUGAACGCUGUGUUUCUCAACAUGGACGUGGGAUGCACGGGGUACCUCUCGAAAGAAGAGUUUGAACUGGCCAUGACGCACUUGGGCGUGUACCUCAACACGCAAGAGUAUGAACGGUUAUAUGCCCAGCUGCCAUCGAGCAUCCGCCACGAGUCGUCCGAUGGGAUUUACUACGCUGGCUUCUUGGCCAUGCUUGGCGUCAAGAUGACGACGCUGUUUCAAAACCAAAAGCUGUGGGAAAUGAUGUUACAACACGGAGACGUGCUUCGCAAGUACUUGACCCAUUGCCAAAAGCAAGGCAAGAGCUCCAUGUCCCCCGAUCACUUUCGAGACCUUCUUGGCCAUUGUGGCAUUACGUUGUCCAACGGCGACUUUACCGGACUUCGCAUGCGCAUGCAAGAAUUCCAAGACGUGGACGGCCACAUCAACUUGGCAGACUUUUUGGCUGCUCUGAACGACAAAGCUGCGUUUCUAGCCAAUAGCACGGGCCUUGUUGGAUGCACGGGGCCCCCGUCGCCCCCCCGGCGCGGCAAAAAGAUGGUCGACACUCACGACUCCACCGUAUACGCAGCUGGCAAAUCCACGGAACAGCGGAAUGCUGAAGCGCAGACAUGUCGGGGCAAAUCCACCGAUGAAAUGAAGAAAAAGCACCCGACGCUUUCCGAUGUGUACAACACGUCGACCAGUCCAGCAUCGUCCCUUGUCCAAACGUACCCAACGUCGUUGGAAGAUCGCAUUUUCAUGAAAAUGAAGACGUGCCAAGAUAUGGGGUACACUCAUUGCGCGACCCUCAAGAGCAUAUUCCCAGGAGAUCGCUUUGGCAAGGUCACCCGCGGUCAGUUUCGGCAGUCGUUGGCCCAGCUCAACCUGGUUUCGAGGCAUGCCGAAGUUGAAGCCUUGUUCUGGCAACUCGACCCUGCAGGCCGGGGAUAUAUCGGAGCCCACGACCUGCACAUCCACUUGCAAAAAUACCAACCAACCAACGAGGCGGGGGCUUCCCAACCAACGGCCUCGCCCCCAUCGCCUAAAGUGCAAUAUCGGAGUUCGCUACGUGUGGACGAGAAGAAGUUCUUUGACGCGUUGCAAGACAAGCUCCCCAACGUCCUUGCCGCGUGUCGGUCCGUGGACCCAGCCAAGACUGGGUGCAUAUCUAGAGGGGAUUUCAUAUGGGCGUUGCGACAAGGGGGACUGAUUCUGUCGCAUGCUGACGCCACCAGCGUCAUCGCUACACUCUCGUCUCGGAAAGAUGGGGUGGUAUUGUACCAUACGAUCGCAGACUCGGUCGCGGCGGUGCUUCAGCUGCCAGGCGCCAACAACCAGUCGACAGCCAAGAAGACUAACCGCCACCAUUUGUCCAAUACGGCUGUGCUGUUGGACCAGCAGGCCGUCGCGUCGAUCGAGCCGGCGACCACACUCUCCGAAACUCUAAAGCAGCCAGCUCAGGACGACUAUCCUGCCCGGCGAUCCAGUCUAAAGCUGGGCUACGACUACGACCAAGAGCCAGGUCCUGGCGACUUGACCGCCAACCUGCUUUCGAAUGCGUCGCUCCAUCACGUGCUGUCAGAACCGGAGAAGCUCGAGCGCGUUGUGCGACAGCGGCACGCGCGGCGUGUGCUGCUGAUUCAAAACAUUCUCGAGCGACGCAGCGAUUUGAAGAUGUGCUUUGAUAUGAUGCCGUACCGCCAAACUCCCCAUGGCCUUGUGCUGCUCACGGUGGACGAAAUCGCAGACAUUUUAACGUGUGCGCGCAUGAACAUUCCCUUGAAAACCCCCGACGAAGCCAAAACGUUGUUGCGGGAGAUCGUCCCGCCCAAUUUGGACCAGUUGAGUUUUGUCGAGCUGAUUCGAGUGCUGACGAUGGCCCAGCGCAUGGAACGUGGCCCGGACGACGACGACGAUUUGGCUGGGUAGAUAUAGACAUGACAUACGACGAACUAACAGACGUUCUAACGCAGACCGUCGUCAUCGCGUCGACAGAAUUAUGCGCUCAGUCCCGCCACAUGCGAAGUGUCAAUCCGAGCCAAGUUGCUGCAGUUCAGCACCCUCAAAGACGUGAGUGUGAUGCAGUGGAACACCACGGGGGCCAUCAUCGUCCGGCAUGCGUUCAAGGGGCUGUCGCGGGAUACUGUCGCCGUGGCUUCCACAGGCACGUUUGAUGCGCUGUGUCGGAAUGUGGAUCUGAAGCACAUUUGCACCCGCCUCGCGCUGGAUCUGACGCAGACGGAGCUCAACUUUCUCGUGUCAAAGGUCGACGCGGACAAGCAAGGGUGCUUCAGCUCGACCUCGCUCUUCCAAGCGUUUACCCAGUUGUUGUACGCGCUCUAAUAAGGCAACGUCAUGUCAGUGUAUCGAUAAACUCUUGGUACAUUUGUU